ACUCUUUGACGCCUUCACAUGAUUGCAACAUCACUCUCCUUGGGACUCAGGCAGGCUUGGCUUCAUGAAAGAAAGUGAAGCUGAAAGCCUUGGUCCUUGUAACUUGCAUCCCAUCCCUGCCUAAUGGGACACUGCCUUCGUCGCCAACACUACCAUGUCGUCUUCGUUCGGAAGAAGCUUCCAGGUGCAAAUCAAUCAUCUUGAGUCGGUGCUGGACGACUCUGCAAUUUCCUGGAAGAAACUCGUGCUCCAGCUCCAACUAGCCGUUUACAUCUUCGAGACCUACGUCUCAUGGCGACAAUAUGGCCUCUACUCUCGUCCAACGCCGCCUGCAGAGCUCACUAGCCAUGUCGAUCUGGAGACGUAUAAACAGAGUCAGGCAUAUGGCAAGGACAAGGCUAAGUUUGGCUUCAUAACGUCUGCCGCAGAAAUGGCCAUGACGGCUGCUGUUAUUCACUACGACGUAUAUGCGCGUGUGUGGACUCGUACAGGCUACUAUCUGACAAGAUUUGAUCUUCCCCAGUCUGAGGCCAUCCACUCUGUGCUAUUUGUGAUAGGAAUGUUCCUCGUCCGAGAGCUCCCAAACAUUCCAUUCACACUUUACAAGAAUUUUGUAGUCGAGGAAAAGCAUGGCUUCAACAAGAUGACCAUCGGAACCUUCGUCAAGGACACCAUCAUCGAAUGGAUCGUCGGUUUCUGCAUUGGCGCACCUCUCAUCUCCGGCCUGAUCUGGGUCAUUCGAUGGGCAGGCGAUGCAUUUGUCGCUUACGUAGUCGCCUUCCUCCUCGUGUUCCAGAUUGUUGCCCUCGUCCUCUACCCCACACUAAUCCAGCCGCUAUUCAACAAAUUGACACCGCUUCCAGAAGGCGCGCUGCGGGAUCGCGUCUUAGCCCUCGCCGGCUCACUCAACUUCCCACUGAAGCACAUCUACGUGAUCGACGGCUCUAAGCGCAGUGCUCAUAGUAACGCAUACUUCUAUGGCAUCAUCCCGGGCGGGAAUAAGCACAUUGUCAUCUUUGACACGCUCAUCGAGAAGUCCACACACGAAGAGAUCGAGGCUGUGUUGGCGCACGAGCUUGGGCACUGGGCGCACAUGGAUACGGGCAAGCUGCUUCUCAUUGGACAGGUGCAAAUCUUGCUACAAAUGAGCAUCUUCACCCUUUUCAUCCACAACGUCAGCCUCUAUCGAGCUUUUGGCUUCUCCGCAGCGCCCAACCUGUUCGAGAAAGCCCUUGGGACCAAGCUCCCAGCCGCGCAGUCAUCCCUGCCAGUCAUUGUCGGUCUGGAAUUGUUUCAGCUUGUUGUUGGUCCGCUCGACGCCUUUACGAAGUUUAUGCUCAACAGCGCCGUCAGGAGCAUGGAGUACGCCGCCGAUCGCUUUGCCGGUGAGCUUACGCGGCCCCCGCCAACAGCGGCGGAGCUCAAGGCAGCGGAGGUGUACAAUUCGGCUCCUGCAGUCGCCGAGCGUAUGCAAGCCAACGGCCAUCCCGCCUUCUCGGGAGCCGUUGAAACUGCGCUGCUCAAGGUGGACCCGUAUGAUCAGCUUCCGUAUACUGAGCUCCUCAAGCGAUCGCUCAUAAAGCUCGGCAUCCAGAAUCUCAGCAGCAUGCACAAUGACUCGUUGUACUCGGCGUAUCAUCACAGUCACCCGACUCUUUCUGAGAGACUACAUGCGCUCAACCUCAUCGAAGCGCAGUUGAAGAAGAAGCAUUAAAAUGCCGAACAUACACUUCGUUGAAUCGCUCAACUAUAGUAUAUAAGAACUUUGUGUGCACGAAAAAAUAGCAUCCUCUCAUGUAGAUGAAUGUGGAUUCUUUCCGGACAAUACAUCAAAACGCACAAG